AUGGCCCAAAUUCUACACACCACCGCUCGUCAACUGGGCGAAGAGGAGAUGUUCAAGCGACUCAACGAGCGCUACCUCCCCAUCACCAGUCACGAAGAUCACCCAGACUACGCCGGCCAGCCGAACCUCCACCUCGACCGAGAUCUAGAGGAAUGGGAAGUGAGGCAGGCGGCCCAGGACCUGAACUGUCGUUCGGCCGCCGGACCCGACAGAGUUACUAACAAAGCUCUACGCAACCUGAGGAAGAGCUACGGCAGCGUGGAGGAAGAAUGGUUCCGCCAGAAAGUAUUCCUUGACAAUCGCUACAUGAUCGCCAAGCACAACGAGCGUUAUGCGCGAGGCCUUGUUUCGUACCAGCUAAAGAUGAACCAGUUUGGAGACAUGUUGCAGCAAGAGUUCGAAGAGCUGGUGGGUAUCGGCGUAAGAGUCGGUGACAAGCCGCUGCGCGCAACGAACGCGUCGACGUUCCUGCCCCCGGAGAACAUGGACGCCCCGCUGCCCAAGGCAGUCGACUGGAGAAGCACUCUUGUCACACCAGUCAAGGAGCAGGGCCAGUGCGGCUCCUGCUGGGCCUUCAGUGCGGCGGGUGCCAUCGAGGGCCAGCAUGCGCGCAAGACCGGCCGACUGGUGGAGCUGAGUGUCCAGGACCUGGUGGACUGCUGCGGAUUGGCCUACGACAACACCGGCUGCAUCGGCGGACUCAUGGACAAUGCGUUCCGCUGUGUCCGAGACCGUGGCGGCAUUGACACUGCGGCCAGCUACCCUUACAUUGCGCAGGACGACCAGUGCAAGUUCAACAGCAGCACUGUUGGAGCCUCGGUGUCCGGCCUGAUGGUUGUGCUGCCACGUAAGGAUGAAAAGAUUUUACAGACAGCCGUAGCCACUGUGGGACCCAUCUCGGGAGCUGUCAACGCCAGGCUGCGGGGCUUCCGCUUUUACUCUAAGGGCGUGUACAGGGACGACUCCUGCACCUUGGGUGAAGUGACCCACGCCGUGCUAAUCGUCGGUUACGGAGUCGCCGACAAUGGGACACCCUACUGGAUCGUUAAGAACAGCUGGGGCAAGAGCUGGGGUCAGGCCGGUUACAUGCUGCUGGCCAAGGAUGCCAACAAUCAGUGUGGAAUCGCCUCCCUGGCCAGCUUUCCGCUCGUCUGAUGAGAGAUCGCCCCGCCCAGCUUGGGAGACCAGACCAGCUACU